AUAUUUUUAGACCAAAGAGAAGACGUUGGGCAGAGUGAAUUAAAAGUUUUUUGAAUUUCCUUUUAUUCAGGAGUUUUUGCGUGAGUCACAAUAUGAAAAUUACGCUCCUUCUAAAUAUAUUGCUGAACGCAUACACAGUGACCGUAAAUUACGUAAUGAAGCACUGAUUUCUCUUGUAAUCUUUUUGUUUCGUAAUUCAUUGUACCUGUAUCGUUUAGGUACACUAGCGCCGUCCUGAAUUCAGUGGAACACAUAUGAAACAGGCUCAUUUCUGUCAGGUUGUGUAUGGGUUGGGCACUACAGACUAAUCUUUUUGUGCCAAAGUGUGUUCACAUUAAAAGAGUGCAAAAGUGAACACCUUUAUUAGUGCAUCGUGGAUUUAAAGAAUGACUUCCUGGUGUUUUGUUUUGCUCAUAAAUUUCGUUGGUUGUAUUCGUCACCAUUCGCAGCGAACUAUUUUCGUAAUCAUUGUUUAAUUCAUAAAUAUUAUAAGUUUUUGUUAUCCAGUACAACGAAAUAUGUCAAUUUAAACUAGUGACUAUCGAUGGCCGAACCAGUUCGAGCAACAGGUAGUUCAAACAAUCCGGCCGCUCCCCGUAGCACGUCGGAAUUUAUCAGUAAUUUUGUGUAUAUUUACGACAUUCCAUGGAUGGAACGGAAAAAGCUUUCGAGUUUGUUGGACCAGGAAUCAAAAUGGGUCGGGUUAGCACUACGGCAAAUGAAGUAUGAGGUUGAAGAUGUCGAGGCAAUCAGACGUUGCUGCACUCAUUCAGGAAGUUCACCAUCGGAACAACUUCUCAAGAAAUGGGGCAAUUUCAAUCAUACUCUUACUGAGCUUUUCGUUGCGUUUGCCAGGGAGCAUUUAUUCAACGCCAUGGAAGUGAUAAAACGUUUCAUUGAUCCUAAAUAUCACAUCCUCAUAAAAAAGGAGUCAGAUGUGAGUACACAUAAACCAAUGAAUGGUCCAGCAAAUGAAUCAAGUCCGGUGGAAAAUCACACAACCGAUAGAAAUGCUGAAAGUGCUCAGCAGAAAGAAGAAUUUGCUCAACAGCAACUAGCAGCUCCGAUCGCUCCUGUACCGGGAGCAGCCGUUGAGGCAGCACUUCAGGCUAUGGAUGUACGUUUGCAUCCGGACAACAUUGCCGCCAUAACGGGCGGCUUGCCACAGUUUAGCUACGAGGAUCUGCGUCAAGCCACCAACAACUGGAGUCAAGCAAAUGAAAUAGGAAAAGGCGGAUUUGGCAUUGUGUAUAAGGGAUAUUUCAAGCAUACUUUCGUAGCGAUCAAAAAGAUUAAAGGUAUCAACACGGAAUCGGCCCGGACCGAAUUACGACAAAGUUUUAACGAGUUGAAAUAUUUGAACUCGUGCCGGCAUGAAAAUGUCGUGCCUCUGUUUGGGUGCAGUUUUGAGUAUGGCGAGCCAUGCCUAGUAUACCAAUUCAUGCCGGGAGGAUCUUUGGACAAUCACUUGUUCCCGAAAAGUAGCAACGUAAAGGCUUUAACAAUGCUGGAUCGUGUGAAGAUAGCGAAGGGAACCGCCAGGGGACUCCAGUAUCUGCACACCUUCGGGCAGAAACCGAUCAUCCAUGGGGACAUCAAGCCCGGUAAUAUUCUGCUGGAUAACGCAAACGAACCGAAAAUCGGUGAUUUUGGACUAACCCGUGAGCUGGCAGUGAGCGACUCUAGCAUGAAAGUCUCCCGAGUGUACGGAACUCGACCGUACAUCCCGCGAGAAUUCAUCACUCACAGGCAGCUGAGCACCAAGGUUGACAGUUUCAGCUACGGACUGGUGCUGUAUGAAAUAAUCACCGGGCUGCGGGUGUACGACGAGAAACGGAAAACGGCAAAGCACCUGAAGGAUAUUGUUCUGCACGCGGCACAGUCCGGCGAAGAUAUUCGAAAGCUAAUGGACCAAUCACUGUCGCCGUAUGAUGCGGGGACGGUUAACAUUUGUAAAGUGUUGUUGAAGGCAGGGUUUUCCUGUACGGCGGAUGACCCGGAAAAACGACCGGAAAUGGUGGAUGUGUAUAAGUAUCUGAUGGAACAUCUCAGCGAAUAGACGAUAGGAACUAGAUGGCAAACGGGUAAACGUUUUUCGGCUUGUAACGCUGUUAUCAAUAACCGUUAAAUUUGUUUAAAUAAAUUUUCUGUAAAAUUAAA